CUUUCUUGUAGCCUAAUAUAUGCCAGAUCUGUCGCCGUGCCCAAUCGAGUCCCCAGUCGGCUGGCUAGGCAUCCAAGAGAACCUUUGGCUUGUUGACGGCCUACAAGCAUCUCUUUUCCCAACAAAGAAAGAGGGCAAGAAGGUCGACAACGGUAUGCUCCUUCGGAAGCGCAAGGCUCAGGCCAACGCCGCAGCUAUCUCCCAGGCGCAGGCUGGCGCCACAGGCGAGCUGGAAGAACGCCCUAGGAAACGGACGAGGACAGCGAAGGCGAACGAGAAGGAGAAUGCUGAACAAGCUGAGGUCCCGACUGCUCCCAUGCCACAACCUGACAUCAUCGAGGCGCCUGAUGCCCCUGCAGAGAACAUCCACGCAGACAAGGUCACGAAACUUGAGCUCAUAGGUGCUGAGCUGCCUCCAGCUAGCACUCUAGAGGUCGAAUCUGCGACUAAUCGUUCCGCUGGUCACCAGAUGGCUGCGCCGUCGCCCGAACCGACACGUCGCUCCACUCGACAGGCAAACAAGAAGAACCCUACUCCUUCCGCCGCCUCGACUCCCAUGACAGAGAUCGGGUCUCUUCCUGACACCCUUUCGCCUAUAUCUUCGGCUCCUGCUUCAGUGGAUGAGCCACGUCCUCCCCUCAAGCGCGCCCGGUCGUCCUCCAGCUCGUCGGGCUCGAGUACGGCGGUUAGUGACACCGGUUCCGGCGGCGAUACCGCCGUCGAGCCAGAUUCUGGUGAGGGCAUCAACAAGGGAAAGGGAAAGGGCAAGGCUAAGCAGGAGGAGG